ACGGCCGCUCCUUCCCCCUCCCUGGGUUUCUCUUUACCAUAGAGACGCGCCUCGCGCGAGUGCCCAGAGCGCCAUAAACAAGAACCCGGAAGCGUGCCGUCAGGGCGGUUUAUCCCUCCCUCCGCUCUACGGAAAGGAGAAGGGGAGGGGCAUAGGCCCCCCCUCGCUCAAGAAGGGAGAAAAUGGCGGAAGUUGACUUCAGCAAAGCUGCUAUAAAUGGUGAUGAUGGAAAUGUCUUAGACUGGAAAGGUGAUGAUAUGCUUCCUUUGAAUCUAAGCAAUACAUCUUCUCAAAAGGACAGGUUCUCAAAUGCUACUCAUGAUGUGUUCAAUGUCACUCUUCACACAACGCUGGCUCUUACCACGAAGCUGGUGCUUCCUACACCUGCCAAACCUAUCCUUCCAGUGCAAACUGGGGUUCAAGCUCAACAAGAGGAACAAUCAAGUGGCAUGACUAUAUUCUUUAGUCUUCUUGUAUUAGCUAUCUGCAUCAUAUUGGUGCAUUUAUUGAUAAGGUACAGACUACAUUUCAUGCCUGAGAGUGUUGCUGUUGUUUCUUUAGGUAUCCUCAUGGGAGCAGUUAUAAAAAUCAUAGAAGCUCAAAAGCUAGCCAACUGGAAGGAAGAAGAAAUGUUUCGUCCCAAUAUGUUUUUUCUUCUUUUACUUCCACCAAUUAUAUUUGAAUCUGGUUACUCAUUACACAAGGGGAAUUUCUUUCAGAACAUAGGCUCCAUCACCCUGUUUUCUGUGAUUGGAACAGCAAUUUCAGCUUUCAUUGUUGGAGGAGGAAUCUAUUUUCUGGGUCAGGCUGAUGUGAUUUAUAAACUCAACAUGACUGACAGUUUUGCCUUUGGUUCCUUGAUAUCUGCUGUUGAUCCAGUAGCUACUAUUGCUAUCUUCAAUGCUCUUAAUGUAGAUCCUGUACUUAACAUGUUGGUCUUUGGGGAAAGUAUGCUCAAUGAUGCAGUCUCAAUUGUGCUAACAAACACAGCAGAAGGUUUAACAAGAGAACAUACAUCAGAUGUAAGUGGAUGGCAAACCUUUCUCCAGGCUCUGGGCUACUUUCUGAAGAUGUUCUUUGGUUCUGCUGCACUAGGGACUCUGACUGGCCUUAUUUCUGCAUUAGUGCUGAAGCAUAUUGACUUAAGAAAAACACCUUCUCUGGAGUUUGGAAUGAUGAUUAUCUUUGCUUACCUUCCUUAUGGACUGGCAGAAGGUAUUUCCCUCUCAGGUAUCAUGGCUAUCUUGUUCUCUGGCAUUGUAAUGUCCCAUUACACACAUCAUAAUCUGUCUCCAGUUACACAGAUUCUAAUGCAGCAGACUCUGCGAACUGUUGCAUUCAUGUGUGAAACAUGUGUUUUUGCAUUUCUGGGGCUGUCGAUUUUUAGUUUUCCUCACAAGUUUGAAAUGUCCUUCGUCAUUUGGUGCAUAGUACUUGUGCUUUUUGGCAGAGCUGUCAAUAUUUUUCCACUCUCCUACCUGCUCAAUUUCUUUCGCGACCACAAGAUCACUCCCAAAAUGAUGUUCAUCAUGUGGUUUAGUGGCUUACGUGGGGCAAUCCCUUAUGCCUUGAGCCUCCAUUUGGGCUUGGAACCAAUAGAAAAACGGCAGCUUAUUGGCACCACAACAAUCAUCAUUGUGUUGUUUACAAUCCUAUUGCUGGGUGGAGGAACCAUGCCUUUAAUCAGACUGAUUGAUAUUGAAGACUCGAAAGCACGUCGAAAGAACAAGAAGGACAUUAACCUCAGCAAGACAGAAAAAAUGGGUAACACCAUUGAAUCUGAACACUUGUCUGAACUCACAGAAGAAGAGUAUGAAGCCCACUACAUAAAGCGCCAGGACCUCAAAGGUUUUAUGUGGCUUGAUGUCAAAUACUUGAAUCCUUUCUUUACACGGCGGCUCACGCAGGAGGACUUACAUCAUGGUCGCAUACAGAUGAAAAGUCUCACCAACAAAUGGUAUGAGGAGGUGCGACAAGGCCCCUCUGGAUCUGAAGAUGAUGAACAAGAGUUGCUGUAACUGGAGGGAGUACAUGAGCUUAUGCUGAUAGCACCAAAAAAAUUAGGAAAUUUAUGAAGAUGAGCUCAAGUGUUGUACUCAAGAUUGUAUUCAAUAUACAUCUUGGUAAGCUAGCCAUCUGGAGAUUCAUUCUGAACAAACAGCUGCAACAUGUUUUGGAGAGAAAGACAGAUCUCUAAUGCCAAAUUUUGGAUUGUCUGGAAGUUAUGCUGAAUCCUCGAACAGUGAACACCAGCUGCAUUGGGAUAAUUAGAAAAUGGGUUGUAUUGAUUAAGAUUUGUGCUGUAUUUAUAUGUAAGAGGGAUUCUAUAGGACAGCAUCAGAAAAACUUAGUGCACUUUAUUCUCUUUUUAUUUCCUGAUACACUGGCUUUGGAAGUCACAAGGAUGAAUACUGUAAACUGUAUGAAUGAUGAGCAAGUAAAUUAUUAUUUGAGAUUCACCUUUAAUUUGCUCUCUUUGUAUAUUAUGAACUCAAGAUGCAGAAUAAGAACACUGCUAGAAGGCUGUUAUUGUGCAUGAACAAAAGCACCUAAUUAAAGCCUCAUAGUCUCUGA